CAGCAGAGUCGUCGGCAGCAUGUGCGUUUAGUUUAAUUUAUUUUGUUGUGUGGUUUAUUAAGAUACGCCGGGAUUACUCACAGAAUCGCCUCAGUUACACUGGAUAUAAGAGAGAAACACGAAAAAAUGUAUUAAGGAAUAUUUAACCAGUUUUCCCUGUGCCAACUAUUGUGAAGUGUAAUGGAAUGAUUGGAGUUCUGCAAAUUUGAAAAUGGUGCAGGGCUGAAAUAGCUUCCAUUCUCAAACAGGAUGGCCUCUGCCCAGCCAUACUGGGAUCAACAUCAUGACCAUAACACCAUGGACAAGAUGUUUUUUGGUUUUGGUUCCGAGUCCAUGGAUAACAGCUUGAGAAUUUAUCAGCAAGACUCUGCAUCAGUGGCCUUUGAAAGAAGAACGUCUAGCUUGUGUUCUCCACCAUGUCUGUCUCCAAAGACUCGCAAUCCUACACAGCUCCUCUUUUCCUCUCCGUGCCACUCACCUAGGGGAGACCAGGUGGUUCCAUCCUUACAGAAACUGUCUGUUUAUGAGCACAUACCCCCUUGUUCACCCAGACAAAGCACCAAGCCCCUCCCUCCCCUCCCAGAUAUUGGCGACCUGUCCUCUGAUGAAGCAGAGGACAAUGAAGUUGAGUUUUUCUCCAGCACCUCGGAGAGUCAGUGUUUGGUGCCUGUACGCUGCUCUAAAACCUCAACCUUUAAUUAUGGCAUGCCGGGCAGGCGCAGCUUCCGAGUAAGUGGUCAGAUAAACUUUGCUUAUUAUGAACAGAUACAAGAACAUCAGAAAGUUUGUGGGGUGAAGCCUCAGGGGGAGCAGACAGUAACUCAAGACCGAGAUAGACCACAGGAAAGGCCCCAACGCCGGCUGCACCGCUCCCUUUCUGGCCCAGCUGGAUCUUUUAAGGCUGCCAACUUUAGGCCGGCCAGCCUUCACCACAACCACCCACAGGAGAAACCCGAAGUCCCACCUCGCAUUCCAAUCCGUCCUUGCCUGAGUGAGUGCACAGAUGGCAGACGACUAUCAACUGAUGACUAUUAUGUGGACAAACCCCCUAAAGUUCCACCCAGGGAGCCCAUCCCUCAGGUCAUACCACGUACCAUAAGUCCAAAGAGCCUCCCAAUUUAUGUCAAUGGAGUAAUGCCUCCUACUCAAAGCUUUGCUCCCUAUCCUGAGUAUGUCAGCAAGGCUCAACAAAAGCAGAGCUGUGAUGGCUUACCGGCUCCCCGAACCCCAAUUUUGCCCAUUAUGGAAGAUGGCAAGAAAGUCAGCAAUACCCAUUACUUUCUCCUCCCUCAUAGGCCUGGGUACUUGGAGAAGUUUCAGAGGUUUUUCAAAGACUCCGACUCAUGUUGAUUAUAAGCCCUAGUGGAACCAUUAGAAUCUGAAAUCCUCUCGGAAACUAGGAAGUACACUGAGGCCAGAUAUAAACUGAUUUAUUAUUUGAAUAAAACUUGCAGUGUUCCAAACUAAUCUCCUUUUUUUUUUUUUUUUUUUUUUUUUGUGACUGGGCAGUAUGUCCUUUGACUCCAAAAAGUCAGAAACACACAUAAUUGGUUUACUACUGCUGGAAACUCCAGGACAGCUUUGAUAGAAGUGUUCUUUAUGGAUGAUGUGUCAAUGUUCUUUUGUUGUACUAUUUUUCUUGCUGUAUUAAGUUAUAGUGGGCAGUAUCCUUUUAUGAAGGAAUAGGAUGAACUGUUACACUGUAAAAUAUAAUAAGUAUAAUAAAUAUAAUAAUAAACCCGAAUAUAAGCUGGUCUUAUUGUGAUUUUGAUUUGUCACUAGUUGAAUGCUAAAGAAGGUCUUUUUGUUUUUCCUUUUAACCUGUAUACAAACUAUAUAAAUUCAGAUCCGAUUGCUGAACAAUUGACAACGGAUUGCAAGACUCAUUGGAUUACUAGCAAAGUUGAGAACUACACCACAUGAUGUAAUCUGACCAAUGAGAUGUUUUAAAGUUGAACUUGUUGUUGGUUAUAUAGUGGUAAAAAUGGUAAAGACUAGGCACAGAGGUUAGUAUUCCAGUCUCCAUGUGAAGAUUAAUUGCCUUUUUUGUGCUUUGUGUUUUGGACCAUAUAGAUGAGAUAAACUAAUAAAUGUAUCAUUUGAUUUGAAAGAAUGGCACCUGUAGUUGGAGCUAAUUUCAGUUUGCCAAGAGCAAACCGAUUCAGUCACGCCAAAUGCCAUUUAAAAAAAAAAAAAUUGUAUUACCCACCAUGUCUGUUACACAGGCAGUAACACCACCUAUUUAGUAUUUGGUGUCUACAACCAGGACACUGGAUAUUAAGGAGAUGUUUGCCAUGAAGUUGCUUCACUGAAGCAUUUAGCGCAUGUAUAAAAAUUUAAGUUAUGAAAUCCCAUGAAUGGUCCUGGCCUUGCAUUUUAUGUUUCCAACUAAAUGUUAAGCACAAGUAAUGCAAUUUGUGUUUUUUAUUUUUUUUAUUAUCAAAUUAUCAAACCAAUAACAGUUUUCAAUUUCAUGUUUUUCUUUAAACAAAAAAAUUACUGUUUUCUAUGUGAAUGCUAAUAUUAACUGACUUUGUUUCAACAAGAGGAAACAUGCACUAUCUUUUAAAAAUGUACAGUAUUGGUGUAGUUUUUACACUCCAUAAUGGUCUAUUUAAAGAAAUAA